UGUCGCGAGACGUUUCUCUCCGAGCUGCAGCGACGUCCAACCGAACUCCAAUGUUAAAAUUGUUAUAUUUAAAAAAUAUCUUCAUACUAAUAGUACAUGCGUAGUGUAAAGCGAGCUAACAUAAAGUAGGACUUACUGGGCCUUUCUGUUACAUUCGGCAGCCAACUGAAUAAUCGUACAUGUUUUUAAAGAUAGAUAACACCAAAGAACUACUGCUUCACCCUGGCUGCUGCUACCUCGCUAACAGUGAAGCUCGCAUUAAAUUAGUAGAUCUUCAGAUGGAGUUCGGCGUGAGCCAAAGUCAAUCCAGUUAAUAACCGGGCGAGACACAGAUGAAUAUACCGAGCAAUUAAUUAAAUAUUACCCCCACUAACUUCUAUUUUAUGCACACACGAAAAAGUCAUUUGAUAAUGAAGCUCAUUUUUCCCAGUUCCGUAAACGCACCUCCUUCUAUCAUGUGACUGGCAUCAGCUGAUCAGCAGGCGGAACCAAAAGAAAACAUGGUUGUUCUCCUGAACCGGUUACCUCUCACAGACUGUCUACAACUCUGUCACAGGGUGGUGGAUGGACUGUGCGGGCGGGAGCCUCCUCGCAGGUGUGAUUACAGCGCCACCUGGAGCCUGGAGGAGUGGCUGCAGCUGCUCCGCUCCCUGACAGCACUCUUCCAGCUGGCAGUGGGGAGCAGCAGCUCUGAUGACGAGGUGCAGGCAGGGCUGGCAGGUCUGGGCAGCAGCCAUGCUGAGGCGGUGCUCAGUGUGCUGAGAGCCCGACGGGACGAGAUCCACCAUGCUCUGCUGGACAAAACCAACUCCAUCUCCUCUACUACUCUGCAGGACUUUGACUGGCAACUUAAGUUAGCUCUGUCCAGUGAUAAGAUCUCGUCUCUGCACACUCCUCUGCUCAGGCUCAGUCUGGAUGUGAGAGAGGACCGAGCCCUCCGCUCUGUAACCAUGGAGAUGAACAGAGACGAGUUGAACACACUCAUCAGUUCACUGGAGGCUGCUAAUAAGGUGGUGCUGCAAUUAAAAUGAUGCAGACUAUGGACUAGCGGACCCAUUUAAGACCUUGACUACAGGAAGUCCAGUGGAUGGACGUCAUGUGGUUAAAAAGGGUUGAAAGAGAUCAUCUGCCAUGAUUCCAUGUGUUGUAAACACAACGACAGUGUUGACACAUAAUGAUGAGUUUCUGUUCUUUGAAUUCAACCGUCUAUGUGAGCAGCUGAACAUUUUCAAGUCAUGUUUUUUAGAGCACUGUGUAGUAUCAUGAACAUGUGGAAGUGAAUGUUUAUUUGCUAUUUGAUUCUGUUUAAUUCCAUGUUCAACGAGUAAAAUAAAUAAAGAGAGACAGAGAGAUAUGGAUCCCUCCACUACCAGUGCUUCCUGUUCAGACCACAACCAAAUUCAUGUUUCUUAAAAGCUUGGGUGAAACGAUUGACACAAAAAGGGAACCUAGUAAUCUGAAUAAAUUAAAUCAUACGUACAGGUGGGCCCCAGACAGUGGAGACAAGCUAAUUGCGGCCUUGAACUCACCUGAUCUGAUAACUAACAUAUUAUAUUACCAAAAUCAAUAUGUGCCGACUCCAGAUAGUGUAACAAGGCCACUGAUGAUGAAUGGUUUGAUGAAGAAUAAAAUACCAUCACCAAAGACCUAAGAAAAAUAGCAAAUAAACAGUUUAGAUAAAAUUUUAAAUACAAACGUACAAUAAGGAACAAGACACAAAAUCAUAGACACAUGAAACUUGUAGAUAUUGAGAAGGACACAAAGGACCAAAACCAUUAGCGUCCAAAACAGUGACAUCUGGAGAAGACAUUUUAAAAACCUGUACAAAGAUGCACCAAUAAAUCAGAUCAAUGUUUUAUUAAGGAAACACUCUGAACUGACCACACACUGCAAAAGAGGUGUGUCUAAAACAAGAUAAAACAGUAAAUCUGAGGGAAAUGAUCUUGCUG